AUGACUCGCUUUGGUUUCCUCUCUCUGGCUUUGCUCUCACUCCAGGCCUUUGUUGGCACCGGCUUCGCUGCUGAUGCUGAGAAGGCCGCGGAAGAGACCAAGUCUUACGCUGUUUCUGCCGAGGCUUCUUUCCCUGCCUCUGAGAUCUUCGGCAUCAAGCUCGUCAAUGGUCACCCGACCCAGGCGAUCAUUGCUAUCACCAACGAUGAGCCCAACCCAGUCACCGUGAACUUCCUUGGUGGUGGCUUGUGGACCCAAGAGGAGGAAAGCAAGGCUGUCCGUAACCUGACAGCGACGCGUUAUGGCGUCGAGAUCCCCGCCAACUCCAAGGAGAGCGUUAGCUACAGCUUCGCCACCGAGAUGCACCCCCAGGAUCUUCGCCUGCAAAUCGCUGCCAUCAUGGCUGAUAGCGAGGGCAAGUUCUUCUCCGUUCAGGCCUUCGAUGGCUCUGUGAGCGUGGUGGAGCCCGAGACUAGCAUCUUCGACCCUCAAAUCAUCUUCCUCUACUUGUUCCUCCUGGCCUCCUUCGUUGGUGUUGUUUACUUCUUCUACACUGUCUGGGUCGCUCCCUACUUCCCCCAGAAGCGCAAGAGCGGCAAGCCCACCGAGAAGCGCCCCUCUGCUAAGCGUGCCGAUAGCGAUGCUGUUGAGCAGAGCCCCAACCCUGCCGUCUCAUCUGCUACUACCUACAACGCUGAUUGGAUCCCCACCCACCACAUCAACCCUCCCAACGCCCGGAAGGUUAAGGGUGCCGGCAAGACCAAGGUUCGGGCUUAA